GUCUCGCCUCCCCCAUUACCUCCCCGCCCGCGCACCUCGAGCCCCCAGGUCCGCCUCGCCUCUCCGUCGCUUGCCGCCGCCCGCAGUGGUCGCCGGCCGCGCGGGGCUUCGCCGGUGUCGCUUCCUCGUUUGGAAUUAAUUAAGCAAUACUUAAUAUGGGCAAGUCAAGCAAGAAAUCUGCUGUUGAAGUUGCACCUACCUCUGUCUCAGUCUCAGAGGGGAAAUCUGGGAAGAAGGGAAAGAGAAAUGCAGAAGAUGAGAUUGAGAAAGCUGUGAGUGCCAAGAAACAAAAGACUGUACGUGAGAAGGUUGUGCCCUCAAAGGAGGAAGCCAAAAAAGUGAAGAAGCAGCCCCCACCGAAGAAGGUUGAGAGCAGCAGUUCUGAGGAGGAUUCUUCAGAAUCUGAAGAGGAGGUAAAGGCCCAACCAAAGAAGACUGUCCAACCGAAGAAGGCUGCACAACCUGCUAAAGAGGAGUCAAGUGAUGAUAGCAGUGAUGAUAGCUCCUCAGAUGAUGAGCCUGCAAAAAAACCUGUUGCUCGUCCAAAUAAGGCUGCACUUUCUACCAACAGUAGCAGCAGUGAUGAUAGCAGUGAUGAGAGUUUAUCAGAUGAUGAACCUGUGAAAAAGCCUGCUGCCCCUUUGAAGAAGCCAGUUGCACUUGCUACCAAUGGAUCAAAAAAGGUUGAGACAGACAGCAGCAGCUCUGAUAGCAGCUCUGAUGAGGAGUCUGAUGAGGAUGAUAAAAAAACUGCUGCUCCAGUGAAGAAACCUUCAGUUGCUGCUAUACAAAAGAAGACCCAGGAGUCUGACAGUUCUGAUAGUGACUCUGAUUCUGAAUCAGAUGAGGAUGUGCCGACUAAAGCACCAGCAGUAGCCAAGAAAAAGGAAGAAUCCAGUGAAAGCUCUGAUUCUGAAAGUGAUUCAGACUCUGAUGAUGAGGCUGCUGCUGUUAAAAAGGAAGAAGAAUCCAGUGAUAGCUCAGACAGUGACUCUGAAUCUGAGUCUGAUUCUGAUGAACCAGCAAAACCUACUAUUCCUGCAAAAAGGCCACUGACAAAAGACACAAAGAAGGGACAAUCCAAGGAUGAAUCUGAAGAUAGUUCUGAUGAGAGUUCUGAGGAAAGUGGUGAUGAACCUCCGCAAAAGAAGAUUAAGGAUUCUACAACUUCUGGUACUACCAAGCCUUCCCCUAAGGCUACCAAGAAAGAAAUCAGCAGUGAUGACGAAAGUGAUGAAGAUGACAGUUCUGAUGAAAGCUCUGAUGAGGAUGUUAAGCAAAAACAAACUCAAGCUAAGAAGCAAGCACCAGUAGCACAAGAGAGUAGCAGCUCCGAUGAAUCUUCUGAAGAAGAUAGUGACAUGGAAAGUGAUGAACCAGCAAAAACUCCCCAAAAGAAGGAAACUGCUGUGUCUGUUGGUUCGAAUAAGUCUGCGACAAAACCGGGACAAGAGGAACCAAAAACGCCUGCCAGCAACCAAAAUCAAGCUACCGGGUCAAAGACUCUUUUUGUUGGAAAUUUACCAUACAAUGUGGAGCAAGAACAAGUGAAGCAAUUUUUCCAGGAGGCAGGUGAAGUUGUUGAUAUUCGUUUCAGUACCUUUGAAGAUGGGAACUUCAGGGGCUUUGGACAUGUUGAAUUUGCCACAGCGGAAGCUGCUAAGAAGGCACUUGAACUUGCUGGUCAUGACCUGAUGGGACGGCCGGUCAGGCUUGACCUGGCUCGUGAGAGAGGCGCGUAUACUCCUGGCAGCGGGAGGGACAAUAGUUCUUUCAAGAAGCCUGCUCAAAGCUCAGGAAACACUAUAUUUAUUAAAGGCUUUGAUACUUCUCUUGACAUACACCAGAUCCGGAAUUCACUUGAAGAACAUUUUGGCUCGUGUGGAGAGAUUACACGGGUUUCAAUUCCAAAGGAUUAUGAAACCGGUGCAAGCAAAGGGAUGGCGUACAUGGAUUUUGCGGACAACGGUUCCUUGUCGAAAGCAUACGAACUGAAUGGAUCUGACCUCGGUGGAUACAGCUUGUAUGUUGAUGAAGCGAGGCCUAGGCCCGAUAACAACAGAGAGGGUGGCUUCAGCGGUGGAAGAGACUUUAACAGCAGUGGGAGAGGAGGAAGACGUGGUGGACGUGGUGAUGGUAGCCGUGGGCGCGGUGACCGUGGACGUGGUAGAGGCUUUGGUAGGGGUGACAGGGGCCAUGGUGGACGGGGUACACCGUUCAAGCAGAGCGCUGGUACACCUAGUGCAGGAAAGAAGACAACAUUCGGUGACGACGACUAGACGAACAAUUUGAGCCGAUUUUGUUCUAGUACUGUAGUAAUCUCCAUCCCCCCUAAUAUAUGCGAUUCUAGUGAGCCGUGAAUUGGCUACCUCCGGACUGUUACAUUCUAGCCGUGUUAUGUACUUUGUUGGCAGUUGGGACCGUGUUGGUAAAUUUGCCCGACAGAUUUGGCAAUUUUGGAACCUCUUGACUUCGUAAUCAUUCUUAUCAUAAUAUAGUGCUUUGUGGCUUAAUGGCACUGUUAA